UCGCAGCCAGCGAUCCCGACCAAAUCUUGCGCCAGCCAACCUCAACUUUCACAGCUCAACGCCCAGCAUCUCGCAUCCGCCCCGACGCCCUCGUCCCGACUCUCCGGAUCUCCUACAGCGGUGUCUUUUCAUCGCUCGUCCGGAAUACCUGCCAUUGGACAUAUACGAGCUCGAUAGCGGCUAUCGCAAGUCCUCGCACGACCCUCACCAUGUCCACUUCCGUCGGUGUCAACGUCCUCCGAUGGUCCGCCCUCGGAUUUGGCGUCUUCUACGGUGCCUACCACCAGCUCUCGUUAUCCGCCGCCGAUAGGGCAAAGGCCGCACAGAAGGACUGGGAGCACAAGGAGUCAUUGAUUAGGCAAGCAAAGGCACAAUGGGCACGGGACCACCCCUCAGAACAGCCAAAGUCAUCAGGCGCCAUCGCAGACCCGAAAGACCCCAACGCCGACCUCAACACACUCCUCGGCAUAACCGACAAAUAAGCGCACCCAGUGUGAUUCCGUUUCCUACGUCAGCAUGGGCAUAAUGCGGCCGGAUCCCAUUGAGCCGAGAGGCGGCUGGAUGGGGGAGAGCAGUCAAUAGUGG